AUGACAGAGAGAGUGAACAUUCAUACUGCUGCAUUGGAAGGAAAGUUCGACAACGUUAAGAGCGUUAUUGAAGUGGAACCCAAAGCUGUCGGAUCAAAGGAUGAGGACGAACGUACUCCAUUGCAUUGGGCAGUAUCAGGCGGACAUUUUGAUAUUGCCGAGUAUUUAAUACAACAUGAAGCAAAUGUCAAUGACACCGACGAGGCUGGCUGGACACCAUUACAUAUCGCGGCAUCCACGGGAAAUUUUGAGAUAGCAAAGAGGCUGAUUAUAUCAGGCGCCACGAUAAAUGUACAAAAUGAAUUAGGCAUGACACCACUGCACUAUGCUGCAUCAAAAAACAGGAUAGAGAUCGGUAGAGAGUUGAUAGAGAAAGGUGCAAACGUACACGCGCAAGACCGCUACAAGCAAACUCCUCUUCAUCGAUGCUCAGUCCUCGGUUAUACGGUAUUCGCCCGCCUACUUUUAGAUAAUGGAGCCAAGUCCAAUGCAGCCGACAAGGUUCUCAACACCCCCCUCCAUCUUGCCUGCGAAGAGGGACAUGGUGAUACUGCCAUACUCUUGAUAGAGAAGGGUGGCGAUCUUGAACGGAAAAAUGCGGAUAAUAAGACGCCGUUAGAAUUGUGCAGUAAGCAAUUGACAAAGUUCAUAAAACAGCAGACCUCAGGAUAG